AGACGCGGCCUAUUGACCGGCCCGGAACCUGCGCCUUUGAUCAAUGACGUAAUUAGAAGAGAACCUUUCUUUGAGAAGAAGAGAGCAGGAAGAUGAGCCCGGAGCGUCUGCUGCAGCCUGGACCGGAGUAUCUGGGACGUUAUUGUGACUGAGGAAAAGAAUAAAAAGACACUUCUCCUAAUGUCUUAAGACUCCCACGGAUCUUCUCAACUUUCACUGCCUGCUGGAGAAUAACAAAUGUUCACAGAAUGUGGCGGACAUCUCGGAUAGGGAAGGUGACCACACACAGUCAUUUUGUUGGCCUUUCCAGGUCAUUUUUCAGCCAGACUGUGUAAAUCCCAAGCUUCAUGAAUCAAGCUCAGAGACAUGUCCUGGCUUAUAUGGAAGAUGCCCUCACUCAACUUCUUGAACAUAAAGAUGAGGUUGAACCCAGCAGCAUUGCCAAGUUCUUCUCUGAGUAUUUCACCAGUGUUUCUCAAGGAACUCACAUCCUUUUCAGAGAGUUUGCCUUUGUUCAGUGCACACCACACAACAGAGCAUCUUUUCUACGUCUCUUCUGGAGGUGUUUCAGGACAAUCGCAAAGAAUGGAGAUCUGUUGACUAUGAAAGAAUACCAGUGCCUCCUCCAGAUGCUUUGCCCAGACUUUCCUAUGGAUCUGACACAGAAAGCAGCAAGAAUUGUACUGAUGGAUGAUGCAAUGGACUGCCUCAUGUCAUUCUCUGAUUUCCUGUAUGCCUUCCAGAUCCAGUUCUAUUACUCUGAAUUUCUGGACUGUGCUGCUGCUGUUUAUCAGGAACUGCUCACUGGUAAGAGCAUAAACACUGUUAUUGUGCCAACAUCCCGCUCCGCAACACCGUUCCAGCGGCAGCCCUACAGUGAUAGCACAUCUCUCGAGGGUGUGGAGGCCCCACAGUUUUAUCAGUGCUUGGAGAAUCUAUGUGAACGAGACCAUCACAGUUCCAGUCCUCCUAUGCCAUUAAUUGGAGAGAUUCUCAACAGCGCCCCCAGGCUGACUUUCUAUGGAUUCCUCAUGGCUCUGUCAAAGAAUACUGGAAUUAAGAAGAGCAUUGGUGCUUUACCGGAUAAAGCUGAUUUGUUAGUUGAUGAAGUUCUGGAUAAGGAGCUUGACAAAAUUGUUGCUCAGUUAUCUGCCUGUUCCAUUACACACCCUGCAACCACCAGCCUUCUACCUCCCUCCCGAGAUAUUACUCGUGUGGCUUCUCCAAAGAAGACUCUAUCCUCCCGCCGACGCCCAGAUCUGGAGAGUGAUGGUUCGACCGAAGAGGCAGAGGAUUCCUCUGAAAACUAGAGUGCCACAUCGGGAGAAAUUGCCUCUUUUCAAAGACAAAUAUUACACUUAAAGACAUCCAGAUAAUGUCAACCCAACAGGAGUCUACUGAAUGCUUUGCACUAUUUUGGUAGGGAUUAGUGAAUAUUCUUUUGUUACAUUCUUUUUCUAUUGUUUUCAUGAUUUGCUCUUUUUUUUUUUAAGACAUAUAUUACACAUAUUUAGGAUAGGUUGGGCCACCUUUAAAGGGGUACACCGCCCCUGGCAUCUUAUCC